AUGUAUACCAUGCGGGACCUUACUGCCCUCAUGGCUAAUAUGUUCACCACGCCUGACCUGCCAGAUGCCAGUCUGAAUCAGGGUGAUGCUGAGAUGAUGGCAUUCUUCCAGGGCAUCCCAGUCGAGCAGGCUGUGCCAGGGACUCUCAACUUCCCCGGGAGCCCUCCGCAGGUGCCCUCAGCGUCAGAGGAGGAUUCUGAGACCUCCAUGUCAGAAGUGUCCUUUGAGCACCUGGUGCUAGCCGUGGACAUGUGGACAACUUCGAUGAAGACGAAAAAGUCUAAGUGUCUGAUCAAGGUGUUCAAAGUCUUGACGGGAAAGAAGAAUAAGAGCCAGCCAAGCACCGUGGAACCAGAUGUGAAGGCCAAGACCCGCCCUGGGCUUGAUGCUUGGCUGGCCACAGUGGAAGAGCUGAAGGCAGACCUAGACCUCGGGCGGCUGGAGGCCUCAGGGCCACUGCUGGCUCUGGAGCGGGAGCUGCUGGUGGCCGCGGCGGCGGGUGGCAUGAGCCAGGAGGAGCUGGUGCAGCGCCAGAGCAAAGUGGAGGCGCUGUACAUACUGCUGAGGGACCUGGUGCUGGGCGUGCUGUGGCGGCCCCUGGAGGUGGCCCCCGAGCGGCUGCGCCAGGCGCUGGCCAUAGUGUCCGAGCAGGAGCUCGAGGACCGCCGGGCGGCGGCGGGGUCCGAGGACUCGGUGCUGGCGCCCACGCGACCGCGGCGCUGGCUGCAGCUGUGGCGGCGCGGCGUGGCGCAGGUGGCCGAGGAGCGGUUGGGCGGGCAGCCGGCGGCGGGCGCCGAGGGCCUCUCGGAGGCGGAGCGCGCCUUCCUGCACCUGGGCCGCACCAUGAAGGAGGACCUGGAGGCCGUGGUGGAGCUGCUGCUGCCAGUCUUCCCCGCCGAGUUCCACGUGGUGGCGGCCUACGCCGAGAGCUACCAUGAGCACUUCGCUGCCCAGCUGGCCGCCAUGGCGCAGUUCGAGUUGUGUGAGCGCGACACCUACAUGCUGCUGGUCUGGGUGCAAAAUCUCUACCCCAAUGACAUCAUCAGUAGCCCCAAGCUGGCAGCUGAACUGCAGGAUGUCAGAUUGGGGAGUCUCCUGCCCCCCAGGCAGAUCCGGCAACUGGAGGCCACAUUCCUGUCUGAUGAGGCGGCCAAGGUGAAGGAGCUGAUGGGCCGGGCCCUGGAACUGGAGUCCCAGGACUGGGCCCAGGAUGUGCCCCCUCAGAGGGUGAACGGUCACUGUCACAGCGAGCUGGCCAGCCAUGUCAUGCAGAUCAUCUCCCAGAGGCAGAUCAAGGCCAAGGACAUCACCACUGACCUGGGCAUGCAGAUUAAGCAGGUGCUGCUGAUGGAGCUGGCUGGAUUCUUCAGGAGCUACCAGCGUGCCUUUGACAAAUUUCUAGAGAGAUGUAAACAGACAAAAAAUUACAAGGCCAAUGUCAUUGCCAACAUCAACAACUGCCUGUCCUUCAGAAUGUCUGUGGAGCAGAUGUGGCAGACACCCCCCAGCCACGUGCUGGGCCCCCUGAAUGAGCUUAAGGCUCGUGGCUUUGACUCCUUACUCCAGAGCCUGCUCCUGGACCUGGAGCCACUGUUCAAGAGGUUCUCGCAGAUCCGCUGGGCGGCUCCAGAGGAGCUAAUGGAGGAAAUCCUGGCCACUGUGGCCCACAGGCUGCCUGAGUUUUCAGAGCUGCAGGACUGCUUCCAGGAGGAGCUGAUGGAGGUCGUGCACCUGCACCUGGUGAAGGAGUACAUCAUCUGCCUCAGCAAGCGGCACCUGGUCCUCAAAACAGCCGAGCAUCAGCAGCAGCUGGCGGGGCACAUCCUCUACAACGCCGCCCUCAUCCAGCACUUCUGCACUCAGAAUGGCUCCCAUGCCACCUGGCUGGACCCUGCUAUCCCCAGGCUAGCCGAGAUCAUUCGUCUGCAAGACCCCAGUGCCAUCAAGAUGGAGGUAGCCACUUAUGCCACCUUGUACCCCGACUUCAGCAAAGACCACCUGAGCGCCAUCCUGGUCAUCAAGGGGAACCUGUCAAGCAGUGAAGCCCGGAGCAUCCUGAGCAUCCUGGACAUCAGCACCAGACCUCAUAAGGCCGCCCAUUCCUUAUUUGCACAUAUAAAGGUUGGUUAG